AUGGAAUUGCCUGAAAUAGGAGAGCACUGUAAUGAAACAAGUUGUAACAGAUUAGACUUUUUGCCUUUUAAAUGCGAUGCCUGUAGUAAAAUUUUUUGCUCUCACCACAUGAAUUAUGAGAAACACAAAUGUUCAAGUGUCUACAAAAAAAAUGUUUACGUACCUUUGUGUCCCCUUUGUGAAUUGCCUGUACCCAUUCGUAGAAAUCAGGAGCCCGAUGUGGCAGUGUCAGAGCAUAUUGAUAACAAUUGUGGAGAAAAUUCUAAGAAAACCUGCAAAAAAUUAAAUGGAAACAGAUGUAGUGCAACAGGGUGCAAAGUUAAGGAAAUGAUUCCAGUUAUAUGUAAGCAGUGUAACAAAAAUUAUUGCCUCAUUCAUAGAUUUCCAGAUCUUCAUUCAUGUCGUACUCAAAAGUCUAGCUCAAUUUCUGAUAAUUCAACCCGGAAAAAAAUAUCAGAAAAUAAUUCGUCUUUUAUUAAAAAGAUCAAUGGCUCACGGUCAGAAGACGAAGCUUUUGCCGCAGCUUUAGAUAAAUCAUUAAAAGACAGUGAAAUUUUUUACGAUUCAAAUAGAAGAAAUCCAUCGGAUUCUUCUGUUAAUUCUUCUAAUUUACAAAGGUGUCAAGUAUUCUAA